AUGACAUUCUUCGACAUCAACACAACCGGCGACGAUGUGCUCAAGCACUUCUACGUGUAUGCCGAGGGCAAAACAUUUGUCAUCACCGGUCCAAGUGAAAUGGCAUCGGAGCCGAGUCUGCAAUCACACUCGCAUCUGCAAACCCCAAGAAAAUUAUUCUCGUUGGCCGAACUGAAAAGCGUUCGACAAGCAGCAGAAAAGAUAAAGACGUUGACAGACAAGAUCAACAUUUUUAUCAGUAAUGCUGGUGUUAUGGCUGUAAAACACUAUGCUACAUCUGUAGAAGGAGUCGAAAGCCAAUUUGCAGCUAACUAUCUUGGUCAUUUUCUUCUUACCAAUCUCUUGGCCAAGGAGAUAGUCGCUGCGGCUAGCGAAGGAGCAAGAAUAGUGCAGGUUGGUAGUCUGGGAUAUCAGCUAGGAGAAACUCAUAUUGAAGACAUCAAUUUUAAGGAUGGAGAGACAUACAAUCCUUGGAUUGCUUACGGACAAGCAAAAACCGCUAUGCUACUAUUCAAUCUCGCUCUUGACAAGCGAUUGAAGCAGAAGGGAAUUACAGCAUUGAUCUGUCAUCCUGGUGUCACCCUAGAGAGCAAGUUGUUGGUCAACUCAAGUGUAGACAACGACUCAUUUGUAGAUGCCUACGUUUUGGCAAUUAAACGCAACGACGGCAAGAAACCCGCUUCCCCCACAAGUCAUGGUGACUUUGAAGCAAGCAGCAGGAGUCGUGCUUUUCACGGCUCUGAAUCCAUCUCUAACAGGUCUGAAACUCCCAAUCCCGAAAGUGCGCACCCGCUAACCCUAAAUUCCACAGAGGCUGCACCAGCAUUCAUCGUGGAAAACGAAAUUUACACAGAGACCAAGGAGUAUGCCCUCAAUGAGGAGACAGCCGAGGGGUUGUGGAAGCUUAGUGAGAAGCUUGUGGGAGAGACAUUUGUGUACUGA